GCCGCUCCCCUGCGCGUAUCCAGUCCGUAGUCCGUCUGACCGUCUCUAUAUAUAGGCUCUCUAUAUACUCCUUGGGACGUACUCCACUUAGCUGGGUAGCUCGAUCAAUGGCGAGGUGGAGCACCGUUACUGCUGCAAUGGCAUGCCGCUUCCUGCUCGUCGCCCUCCUCCUCCUCCUCCUCGUGGUGGCACCUCUAGCACCGGCUGACGCGAGAGACGUCCCUGCCACCGCCACCGCCACCGCCAAGGCUACAAAGACAACCGCAACGACCACUGCGGGUGCUAAGAGCGCCGCUGCGGUGGCGGCCGCGCCGGCUGGCCUCGGCGACCAGAAGACCUUCCUGGGCAGCGGCCUGGGCGGAGGCUACGGAGGUGGUGUCGGGGGCUUCGCUGGCGCAGGCGGCGUAGGCGGUUUGGGUGGAGCCGUGGGUGGCAUCGGCGGCGUCCUCGGAGGCGUCGGGGGCGGCGUCGGAGGGAUUGGGGGCGUCGGCGGGGUCGGCGGAGCCGGCGGUGGCGUUGGCGGACUUGGCGGCGCGGGCGGGCUCGGUGGGGGUGGGCUCGGCGAUGGUGGUGCAGGUGGCCUCGGCGGUCUGGGCGGCGGCUCCGGUGGACUUGGCGGUGGCUCGGGCGGCCUUGGUGGCCUCGGCGGUGGAGGAGGCGGGCUUGGUGGCCUCGGCGGUGGAGGCGGCGGGCUCGGUGGUGGCAUCGGUCACGGCGGCGGUGGCUGCAUCCAUCCGUGACCGUGACCGAUGGAGUAGAUCGCUGUGUAUCGACGUACGUGUUGAUCAUGUGAUGUUGAAAUAAGCAUGCAUGCAUGCAUGCUAGCUUAAUUAGCUGGUAGUACGUAAUUAGCUAGUCAAGCUCGAUCAUGCAUGUUGCUCUGAGUAGUGUUUCUCCCUCUUGGUUUAGGGCCCGCACGUGUUUGUGUUGUGUGUGCUAGCUCCUCAGUGUACCUGCAUGUGUAAUGAAAAAUAAUUCCAUCU